CCCCCCCGUGCACGUCAGAGGUCCUGAAGUCCCUUCCGGAAUGUUUCCGCUCUCCCAAGGCCUAGCGGCUCCUCCCACUCCACCCGUACCCACGCGCAUUCCAGGAUGAAGGGCCUGAAGGUCCUGGCACUGUGGGAUAAGUGAUGGGGACGUCUCUCUACAGAUCCCUUCUACUCAGCACCGGGGGCUUCACCGUGUCUGACUACGUCCAGAAGUUUACGAUAAAUGACAGCUCAGAGGAUAAAACUGUGAAGCCUAAAUUGACCGUCCGGCAUCGAGGCAACCAAGUCCAAGCUGAAGGCAGUCAGUCAGGAGCUGCUAAAGAUGGAAGUGGCGCUGUGGCUGUCUCCAGGGAGACAGUGAAGAGUGCGGUAUGUGGCAAAAAAUCCUCAUGUCCCAGUAGGCCCGGUGCUGGCCCGCCGCCCCCUACGCCGGGCCCCGGCUCCACUCAGGUGGGCCGGAAGCUCCCCUGCCAUGGAGACCGGGGAAAUAGCGCCCCCCGGAGGCCCAGAGGGGUCACUCUCUGGAGCAGGGAGUCCACUCGAACCCAAACUUUCGAGAGAGACGGCGGGCUGGGUGCCGUGGCUCCAGGUGAGGUGUCAUCGGUGCCAUUUCAGGAGGGAGGCGAUGACAGGGGCUUGGCAGCCGCGAGGGCGGAGGGCACUGACCUGGUGAUGACUGAUGUGCAGCCACAGGAAGCUGUGGCUGGGGCAGAAAGUGUUUCUGACAGGAUUAAGAUUGCACCAUUCGUCCAAAAGUCUGUCACCAAGGAAACUCAGCCAGGCACAUGUACAGAGUGGCAGAAGGAGGGAGAACAACAAACAUCCCCUGCAAAGGCUUCACUCUGCUCCAAGAAUGAAGUGACCUCCUCUAAUGAGGAUGUUGUCACAGCAACAGAGCAGAAUGAGAACAGGGCCGUGAAACCUGACUCAAAACACAAGGCCCAACAUGUUUGGGGUCUCUCUCCGAGCAAGCCGGUUCUGUCCAGGCCCCCGGAGAUGAUCCACUCCAAAUUGGGAAGGCUUGGGGGAACCUGUGAGGCAAACAGAGGUUUUGAGAGACAAACAGACACUGCAAGGGGCACCUCAGCCAGCGGAAAUGCUUCAGCCCCUGGGGUCCUGGGGACAAAUUCAGAGGGAAUGCUACAGGUCAUUGACGACUGUCCCCCUUUGCCUGCUCCCUUUGAGCACCGAAUCGUUAGCGCGAAGCAGGUACCCAUGAGCACUUAUUACACCAUCAAGCCCCACGAAGUGCUGGGAGGUGGGCGCUUUGGCCAGGUCCACAAGUGUACAGAGCGAACGUCAGGGCUGACUCUGGCAGCAAAGAUCAUUAAAGUGAAAGGGAUGAAGGACAGGGAUGAAGUCAAGAACGAGAUCUGCGUCAUGAACCAAUUAGACCACGUCAACCUGAUUCAGCUCUAUGACGCCUUUGAGUCGCGCACCAACCUGACACUUGUUAUGGAGUAUGUGGAGGGGGGCGAGCUGUUUGACCGAAUUGUUGAUGAUAAUUACCAGCUGACAGAACUGGACACCAUUGUGUUCAUGCGACAGAUCUGUGAGGGUGUGCAGUACCUCCACCAGCAGUACAUUCUCCACCUAGACCUCAAGCCAGAAAAUAUUUUGUGUGUGAGCACUACUGGCAACCAGAUCAAGAUAAUUGACUUUGGAUUGGCCCGAAAGUACCGGCCACGAGAGAAGCUGAAAGUGAACUUCGGGACCCCUGAAUUUCUGGCCCCUGAAGUGGUCAACUAUGAGUUUGUUUCAUUCCCGACAGACAUGUGGAGUGUAGGAGUUAUUACAUACAUGCUUCUUAGCGGUUUGUCCCCUUUCCUUGGGGACAAUGACACUGAAACGAUGAAUAAUAUCCUGCACUCCAACUGGGACUUUGAUGCAGACGCCUUUGAGAAUGUCUCUGAGGAGGCCAAAGACUUUGUCUCCAGGCUGCUGAUCCCUGAGAAAUGCAGCCGUCUGAGUGCAUCAGGCUGCCUGAAGCAUAGCUGGCUGAAUCACCUGGAAGAGAAGGCCAAAAUGCAGCGGGUCCAGCUCAAGUCUCAACUCCGCCUCCAGCGCUACCUGGCCGCUCACAGGCAGUGGAAGAAGCAUUUUCAUGUGGUCGCUGCGGCAAACAGGCUGAGGAGGUUCUGGGAGAGGCAUUCAACUUCAACCAACCAAGCAUAGGACCAAGGAGGGCCGCUCAUACAGAACACGACUGAACCGUUACGCCAAUGGCACCCCUGCCGUGUCACUAUGGCAACGCUUCUUGACUGAGAGCGUUACUUUUUCUAGCUGGGUACGGAAGCCAUUCUUAAAAUUCUAAAAUCAACUUUCUGAAAGAAAAGGAAAAUUAUACACAAAACAUUUUUGUGUUCUGUUCAUGUAACAGGUUAUGUUCAGAGUACUUUCCUUUUACUGAGCUACAUAGUAUCAUGCUCUUUCUUAUGCUGAUUUGUUGGAUAUUGUUGUGUAGAAUGCUGUCAUAUAAGCUUUAGUGCUUAAUUUAUUUUUUCAAGAAAUUCUCCAUACUAAAUCUUAAUGUGGUGCAUACAUACGGUUAAGUUUCAGUGGGGACACAUGCACACCCACGUUUUUUGCAGUUAAGUUCCUGUAUUAAGUAUGCAUGCUUUUCUCCACGAGAUGGAAUACAUCAGUUCAGUAGAUACAUCAGGUUUGUUACAACUGAGCACUGAUCACAGGAAUUUGAUAAUUAUGGCAGACACUGUACCACAAUGUCAGAUAGCCUAUCUAAACAGUAGACUUUUUUUUAUUUCUCCUUCUGUGAAGGCUGAUUUACCUUAGCUGCAGCAUAUUUUAAAACUGCAUAUUUAUAAUUAUCAAAUGUUUGACAGUUAUAAAACUCUAUACUCUUAUAAAAUAAAUCAUACGCAAAUACUGUGGUCAAAA